AUGGAACCGAUACAACCACAAACUAUAAUAAAUAAAGCGAAACCUUACUUCCUGGAUCAAAUCGGUGACACUCUUCAAGGUGAUUUAGAUAUGAACAAUUUUAGCAUAACUAAUUUAAAGUCUCCGGACAACGGUAAUGAUGCCAUUCACAAGAAAUAUUUAAUGGAACAAUUAAAUUUAAUUGAAGUAAAUAAAGAACAUUUAAAAGAAAGAAUAAGCGAUGUGAAAAGAUUCUUCAAACGUCAACUAAAUAAUAAAGAUUUUAUUGAUGAUACUAAAUUACAACAAGUAACAAGUUUAAAAAAUUUUAUUCAACAACAAUUAGUCAAUGUAGUAGAUAAAACUCAAUUACAAAAUUUAAGUUCAUUAAUAUCUAAUUUAGAUGAUAAGAUUACAAAGCAAAAAAUAGAUCUUAAACAACUAAUAGAUAAUAUUAAUCCAGGUAUAAAUGAAGAUAAAUUGCAACGGGAAUUAACUAAAUUUAAAACUGAAUUACAAAAAGAACUAACAAAUAUUCAACAACAAAUACAAAACAUAGACGAAAUCAAAACCUAUAUUCAACAACAAAUACAGAACAUUGAUGAUAGUGUUAUUCAACAACAGAUAACCACUAUCAAUAACCUAGUUUUAAAACAGGAUAAAAAUAUACUCGCAUUAGAAAAAAAGUUUCUCAAGAAAGAAUCAUAUUAUUUCAAACUUCCAUUUGGAAGUUUGAGAGAUUUCGAUGCUUCUAUAACUGAUAAUAUUGAUAAAUCAAAAGACUAUGAAUAUAAAAAAUUUGGAUUUACAGCAAAUAUAAGAGUAUAUUCUCUUUCAGGUGCUAUUAAAUACCCCCAAAAAAUUUUUGAUUUAAAUUAUUUUAAUAUGGAUACUUAUACUUUUAAAGGAAAACUUAUAAUUGAAAUUAAUUUUCCCAUCCAGGUAAAAGUUAAUACAUUAAUCUUCACACAAAACGCAUAUUUUUUUAAUAAAAAAUUUAACGCUCUUAAAGUUCUUCAGUUUAUCAAUGGUACAAAAAAUGUAGAAACUAAAGAAUUAGAAAUUAAGGAUGAAAACAGCAAGAGUGAACGCUUAUAUGAAAUUAAAACGAGUGGAAAAUAUAUAGAUAGGUUUAGAAUGUUAAUCAUACCAGAUAAAGAAAAUAAAAGUGUUCUUGGUUUGAGUGAUUUUGAUAUGAUAUUGGAAACGGAAAAUCCACCAUCAAUGAAUAUUAUUAGAAAUCCAGAACCAGAAAAAAAAGAUGUAAUCGGUUAUGAGUUUUUACGAGCAACAGACUUUGAAUACGUAAAACUAUAUUUUGUUGAUGAUAAUGGUAAAUUUAGCUCAAUUGAUAUUCAUAAAAGUCAAGAUAAUAUAGUUUUUAUAAUACCAACAAUAAGAGAUGUUGUAUAUGUUUAUAUAAUAAUCUUUAUUGAAAAACCAAAAUUUUCAGUUCAUCUGAAUAAGAUUAAUGAUUCGAAAGAACAAAUAUCGUUAGUAACUGUAAAAGUUUUUAUUGAAGAUAGUAAAUACAAAGUAUUUUUAUCAGAAAUUCACUUAAUUUAA